AUGGGCAAGGACGUUCUCAUCAGCUAUGGGGUGGAUGUGGACGCCGUCGCUGGGUGGCUUGGCUCGUACGGCGGGCAAGACUCGUCCCACGACAUUAGCAGAGGCAUCUUUGCGGGCACCGUGGGCACGCGGCGGCUGCUCAAGCUCUUUGCCAAGUACGACAUCAAGGCGACGUGGUUCGUGCCGGGCCACAGCCUCGAGAGCUUCCCCGAGGAGAUGGCGGCGGUGCGCGACGCCGGGCACGAGCUCGGGCUGCACGGCUACUCGCACGAGAACCCGACGGACAUGGAUGCGCGGCAGCAGCGCGACGUGCUGGAGCACUCGUGGCGGCUGCUGACGGCGUUUGCGGGGGGCCGGCCGCCGCGCGGCAUCGUGGCGCCGUGGUGGGAGGCGAGCGCCGAGGGCACGCGGCUGCUGCUCGAGUACGGCAUCGACUACGACCAUUCCAUGAGCCACGACGACUCGCAGCCGUACUACCUGCCGACGGACACGCGCUGGACCAAGAUCGACUACGCGCAGCCGGCGCACACGUGGAUGCGGCCGCUGGACCGCGGCGUGCCCACGGGCAUCGUCGAGGUGCCGGCCAACUGCCACGGCUUCGUCAACGCGCGCGACGUCGAGGACACGUGGCGCGACCACUUCGACUACCUGUACCGCGAGCUGGACCGCUUCGUCUUGCCGCUGACGCUGCACCCGGACGUCAGCGGCCGCCCGCACGCGCUGCUCAUGCACGAGCGCCUCAUCGAGUACUUUGCCGCCCACGAGGGCGUGCGCUUCGGCACCAUGGGCCAGGUGGCCGACGAGUUUCGCCGCGACAAUCCGCCGCCCGAGGGGGCCUUGAUGCCGGCUGCUCCCGGGGCCUGGGUGAAGAAAUGA